AUGUCUCAGGAAAUAGAAAUCUAUGAAGAGAAUUAUUCUUCUGACGAUGCCAACAUUUUUCAAGAUAUCACCCCAAGAAAAUCCAAAGUCACUCUUGGUUUGAUUGACAUUCCUUUCUCUCAAACUGAUGAUAGACCAACCAUUGAGGAUUCUUUUGUUGGUGGCCACCCAAUUUGGUUAAAUGAUUCUCCCCCAAGUGACAACUUAUUGCUUUGCAAAAAUUGUUCAAACCCAAUGAAUCUAUUAUUACAGGCUUUUGCUCCUUUGGAAAACACAAGUUAUGAUAGAGUGAUUUACGUAUUUAUAUGCUUAAAAUCUUCUUGCAAAAGAAAGGUCAAUUCUGUUAAGGCAAUUAGAGGAAUUUGCAAAGAUCCAGUCAAAAUGAAAAAAAUUGAUGAUGAACUCUCAUUGGAUAAAAAAUCAGAUGAUUUAAGUGCACAAUUAUUCAAUACAAACAUUAAUACUAACAAUACCUCCAAUCCCUUUGCUUCAUCAAACCCAUUUUCUACCUCAAAUCCCUUUGUCUCUUCCACUGCAAAUCCUUUUGAUCCACAAGUAAAAGAAAACCUUGGUGCAAAUACUAAUCACAAAAUCACGAUUUCAAAUUCAUCAGAUAAAAUUAACAAGAAUUCCUGGUCCAACGUGGUAUCAAAAACAACAGAACUAAUCAAGCCCAAAAAAAUAGUCAAAUCCAAUAUCAUUUUGCCCUCAUUUCCUGGAUAUUUUAUUUAUAUUCAACGUGAAAUAUUCAAGAAAACGAAAAACGAUCAAUUAUUAAAAAACAUUCAUUAUGAUGAGAGUUUGUUAGAUAAUGAGAUUAACUCAAUUAAAAAUUCUGUCAGCAGAAUGAAUUUAAAUCAUAAAAAUAAUAAUAAAUAUAAAAAAAACAACAAAAACAAUAAUCAGAUUGAAAAUUUAAAAUCUGAAUCAGUUUCCAAAGCCUUGAAUGAUAAAAGCUUUCAAUUCUUUUUAGAAAUAACAGAACACAAUCCAAAUCAAAUUUUAAGGUAUGAUUUAAAUGGGAGUCCUCUCUUAUUCACCUCAAAUGACGCUGUUUAUAAGACUAUUUCAGAUGAUUUAAUUCCAAGACCCAGUUUUAAUUUAUCUUCAAAAAGGAGAUUUGAAUUACAAUUAAUGCCAAAAUUGAUUAUUGAUCUUGAGGCAAACUUAAAUAGCGAUCAAGUUAUUAUGAAUGGUAUGGAGUGGGGCUCAAUUUUUGUUUACAGUGACAUUGAGGACUAUAUUAAUGACCAUGAUUUGGAUGAGAACCAUACAGGUUAUAUAGAAGAAUGGUGUGGUGUGCAAUGGGAUGACGAAUUGCACCUAUAA